AUAAAAUAGAGAAAUGUAACUAUUCUGUUUUUGUACGUUGGUAAUAAGUUUUAAUAGAGGACGCUACAAGGAAGGAACAAAUCUGCACAGUGCAUUCCUAUCUGAAACAACAUAACCUUACAAGGGUGCCUUGAUAACCCGCCGUCGGCGGAUGAACUGUCAAUUGUGUUGUAUUUAGACAGAAGUGUCGUGUAUUAUAUCAUUUUCCAAAAAUUUGGAAAAUUCGUGUAGACUGACCAGAGUCCACGAAUUUCCAAAGAUUUUCUUAUCACUAACUUUUCCCAACAUUUCAAAUCGAGUUUAUUGAUAAAGUACAUACCUUAACACUUAAACGGCCGGGCAAAUAUUAACACACGUUUAAAAAACUUCCUUAAACGAUGAAAUAGAUGCCUAAUUAUAUCAGUGUAUAUAUGUAAACUCAAAUAAUUUGCCGCAUUUAUUUGAGAACGAAGUUGGAGAAUAACGCGAAAAACGAGUAGCCGUUUAUGUGUUAAUCGACCGCACCCGUUUUUGAGUGAUAGGUGCGGUGAUUCAUAAAGAUAAUUUACAGCAUCGCACGUUUCUUUAAGCGAUAUCGUAUGUAAAUUUAUUUAACCUUUGUGAGAAUUAUUGACAAAAUGACGGAAGUUCACAGCCUGGGUGUUGAUGCUAUUAGCUGUCAUGCUUGGAAUAAAGACAGAAAAGUUUCAACACGUAUGUUACAGAAGUUGCUAUUUGUCCAAAUAAUAAUGAGAUUCAAGUUCAUAAACAUACAUCGAGUGGUUGGAAAUUAUUACAAAACUUGCAAGAACAUGAUAUGCAUGUUAUGGGUAUUGACUGGGCACCAAAUACCAAUAGAAUAGUGACGUGUUCUGCAGAUAAAAAUGCAUAUGUUUGGACACAGGAAGAAGAUGGAAAAUGGAAUCCUGCAUGGGUGCUUUUAAGAAUAAAUCGAGCUGCAACGUGCGUGAAGUGGUCUCCAUUAGAAAAUAAAUUUGCUGUUGGAUCUGGAGGUAGAGUAAUAGCUGUUUGUUACUUCGUAUCAGAGAAUAAUUGGUGGCAAUGUAAACACAUCAAACGCCCUUUAAGAUCCACCGUAACUACCGUUGAUUGGCAUCCAGACAAUAAGGUUUUGGUUGCUGGUUCUACUGAUUAUAAAGUUCGUGUUUUUAGUGCAUUUAUUAGUGAUAUGGAAGAUGCCCCUGGAGAUUGUCCUUGGGGUCACAGUAAUUCGCUUGGAAGAUUACUUGCUGAAUUCCAGAAUACUCCUAAUGGAGGUGGCUGGAUACAUUCUGUUGCAUUUAGUCCUUGCGGUAAUAAAAUUUGUUGGGUAGCACAUAAUUCAUCUAUAUGUAUAGCAGAUGCUACUAAAGGAAAUGCAGUUAUAAGAUUGUAUACAGAGCAUUUACCAUUUUUAAGUUGUGUUUGGAUGGGGUCCAAUUCUAUUGUUGCUGCGGGUCACAGUUGUAUGCCAAUGCUGUAUUCCAUAGACGACAAUGGACAAUUAUAUUUUGUAUCUAAACUAGAUAACACUCAGAAGAAAGAAGCCGCCGGAUUAUCCGCUAUGCGUAAAUUCCAAUCGUUAGAUCGCCAAGCGCGAAGCGGUACAAAUGAUAAUGCCUUGGAUAGUAUACACCAGAACACGAUUAACUGUGUACGUAAAGUGUCGGAUAACGAAUUUAGUACGAGCGGUUUAGACGGUCAGCUCGUAGUAUGGGAUCUUAAGCUCUUGGAGAAUUCCAUCGCUGGUCUUAAGAUCGCGUAAGUAAGAUCUUUUUUUUACAUCGGAGGAAGAUGGAAGAAAUUACAUCGAACGCAAAGAUGUAUAAAUGUUAAAUCUAAAAUGAAAAGAAAAAAUAUACGAUUUCUCAUUA